CAGUUGUUUUAUCAUUUGGACAAAGUCCCACAUUUUUUUUGAGUGCAAAAAACAACAUUUUUUAGAGAUAUAUUGAUUAUAUAUGACGACAAUACAACCCUUUACUAUUAUAGUUUACUACCUUAGAACGCGUUAAAUCAAAAUAAUGCUUAACGGGCCAAAGAUAAUUAUUAUUGGAGCUGGAGCUGCAGGUAUUGCUGCAGCAAGUAAAUUAAUAAAAAACGGUUUUGAAAAUGUUACAAUUCUCGAAGCCAAAGAUCGAAUUGGUGGUAGAAUAAAUACAGUAGAAUUUUCGGAGAAUGUUGUAGAGUUAGGAGCACAAUGGGUUCAUGGUGAACGUGGGAAUGUUGUAUUUGACAUGGCUUUUCAACAUAAAUUAUUGGAUUCGUCUAAAUGUUUUAAUGAUUUUAGUAAGCAUAUAUUUGUUUCUGCUAAAGGUGAAAUACUUUCAAAAAAAGAAGCCACAGAAACCUUAAAAAUAUAUUAUGAUAUUUCUGAAAAUAUAACAAAUGCUAUAAAUGAUGCAGAAUCUUAUGGAGAAUAUUUCAUAUGUCAAUUUUACAAAAUAUUUGAAGAAAAUCCAUUUACUACUCGCGAUAGAGCAGAACAGUUGUUAGACUGGAUGCACAAAUUCGAUAAUUCAAUCCAAUGUAGUGACUCAUGGUUUGAUGUUUCUGCAAAAGAAAUUACAAAAUACUGGGUUUGUGAAGGUGAUCAUGUACUUAACUGGAAAUAUCAUGGUUAUAAAACACUAUUUGAUUUGUUAUCUCAAAAGAUCCCAAAUUCAAAAAAGAUGUUGCCUAUAAUGGAUAAAAUAGAAUUUAAUAAAAGUGUCACAAAUAUUGAUUAUACUUCACAUAAUGAUAUAAUUGUGACAACUAAUGAUGACUCAAAAUAUAUAGCAUCACAUGUUAUAUUUACCGCAUCUCUUGGAGUCUUGAAAAAAAAACAUACAACAAUGUUUACACCAAUUUUGCCUGUUAAUAAGCAACAUGCAAUAAAGGGUCUAGAUUUUGGAGCUGUAAAUAAAAUUUUCCUAGAAUUUCCACAUAGAUGGUGGCAGGAAGAAUGUCCUGGUUUUAGCUUAAUAUGGUCCAGGGAAGAUAAGGCAGAGUUCAUUCGAUCUUAUGGACAAGAAUACGAAUGGCUAUGCGAUGUUUUUGCAUUUAUUUCUGUAGACUACCAACCACGAGUAUUGUGUGCAUGGAUUGCUGGCAAAUAUGCAAAGCAUAUAGAAUCACUUUGUGAUAAUGAUGUGUCUGAUGGCUUGUACUUACUCUUAGAAAAGUUCUUGAGUAAAGCAUAUAACAUUCCAAAAUUUGACCAGAUGCUUAGAUCAUCCUGGUAUACAGAUGAACAUUUCUAUGGAUCUUAUAGCUUCAGAAGCUUAACAACUGAAGAAAUGAACAUAGAAACAAAAGAUUUAGCUGAACCUUUUAUUACAGCUGAUGGUAAACCUAUACUUCUUUUUGCCGGUGAAGCGACGCAUGAUCAUUAUUACUCGACCGUGCAUGGAGCAGUCGAAACGGGUUAUAGAGAAGCUGAUAGAAUAGUAGAUUUUUAUAGAACGUGUGGUUGGUUAAAGCAAGUGGUAAGCAACUGCAAUAAAGUGGGAAGGAUACUGAACACUUUGAACCGAAUAACAACAAGAACGAAACUUGUAGUGAUAGGUGCAGGUAUUGCGGGAUUGGCAGCUGCAAGAACAUUAGAAAACGCAAAUUUCAAAGACUACCUACUGAUUGAAGCUCAAAAUGAAGUUGGUGGUCGAAUUCAAUCAAUACCGUGGAAUAAAAAUUGGAUAGAAAACGGAGCGCAGUUUAUACACGGCGAUCAGAGUCAAUUAGCACAGUUAUGUUAUGAACAUGAUUUAUUUUCGAAUAUUCAAUGUAAAGAUGGUCAAGGAAUUUUCCUUCGUAACAAUGGCCGCAAAGUAGACGAAGCCUUGAUAACGGAAAUAGAUGAUUUUGUUCGCACCACGUUAGAAGACUGCGAAAAUUAUGAGAAUAGAACAAUCGGAGAAGAUAAUGAAAAUAUUGGUAGAGUUUUAAGAAAUUCGCUCGUCAAGUAUUUAGAUAAACAAAACGAUUCGCUGAUUAUAAAAAAUAUAAAGAAAGAAAUUUUUGAUUGGAAUGUCAGAUUCCUUAUAAUAGACAAUUCCUGUCUCACAUUAGAUGAAUUGUCCACUAAAUAUUGGGGGAAAUUUAAGUUUGUUGGAGGACCAGAACAUCUUUCAUUCAAAAGUGGAUAUAGCUCAGUAACAAAACUUAUUGCUAAUGGUUUAAGCGGGAAAAAUUUACGUCUGAAUACUUCUGUGGAAUCGAUCGACUGGCAACAAGUAGUCGAUAAUGAUUUAGAUACUUCGCUCGUAUUGACUCUUUCCGACAACACUCAAAUCCUUGCGGAUUGUGUAAUAAUUACUUGUUCUCUUGGUUAUUUGAAAGAGAAUUACAAGAACAUGUUCAGUCCAUCUUUGCCAACGCAGUUUAUACAGGGAAUUGAAAAUCUUGGAUUUGGUUUGAUUAACAAGAUUUUUCUCGAUUUUGGUGUACCUUGGUGGAAACCUGGUACAAAGGGAUUUCAACUACUUUGGAAAGAAAGCAGAUCAGUUUCUUGUAACGAGUCAUUGGCAACAUGGACCAAAGAUCUUACAGGUUUUGACGUGCUACCGAAUCAUGAAGGUGUUCUUCUCGGUUGGGUGGGAGGACGAGGAGCUUAUAUGAUUGAAACGAUAAGCGAGCAACAAGUUGCGACCGACUGUGAAAAUUUGCUCAAGUAUUACCUAAAACUCGAGAAUAUAUCUCCAGUAAAAAGAUGUGUCAGAACGCAAUGGAAUGCAAACAAAUAUAUUCGGGGCAGUUACAGUCAUAUAACAACAAAAUGUGAUAAACAUGGAAUAACACCAAACGUUCUGUCGGAGCCGAUAUGGGGUAAAAUAGUACAAAAUGGCUGCAGCAAGGAUGUACCCAUUAUCAUGUUUGCUGGCGAAGCGACGCACCAAAAUUUUUAUUCUACGACACACGGUGCUUAUGACACUGGAACAAAGCAAGCACAAAUUUUCCUUAGUCACUACGUUACGAACAGCUGAUAAUUUCGUAUAACGUGUAUAAAAGAUACUAUCAAAUGUGUAUGUAUUUACACGCAUUUUCUGUACAUAUGUAUAUGCAAGUACACACGCACAUCUUUAUCUGAACAAAGCAAACAGAUUUCUUACAUUUAAUAAUUACAUAAUAUU